AUGCCGAAUAUCAUCCUUGUGAUCUGUAAUACCUGCUGUAACGGGCUGGGCCCGCAUCAUUUUGAACUAUCGGUGGACCUAUCGAGCACGUCGUCAGCCUCCAGUCUGGCGCACAGCAGAAGCCUUCAACGGCUCCAGACACAGACCCGGGUUGAGGACUGCAUUUGGGUCGCUGGUACUUCGACGAAGAUCGGAGUCGCAGUCAACUCCGAGGUCACCAGUUCGGCACCGGGUCUUCAAGGGCUGGAACAAGCCGGGGGUGAUUUGUAUGAGCCGGGAACAGCGGCUGCACGGGCGGACGCGCGCUUCAUCGACGGAUUAGAUGUUCUGGAUCCCGACUUCGAAGACAAUCACCAUGCCGCGCUGGCCGCCGCAUAG